AUGGUCCCAGUGUCAAGCCUAUCUGGAAAGGCGCAAAAACAAUGGAUCGAGCGAGUACAAAAGCGACUGGAAGUGACAGCAAACACGUUAGGCAGUAUGAAGGCUGUACAAAUGCUCGGGCUUGGCGAUGUCAUUUUACCUCUAGUGUCACGUCUGCGUGAAAUCGAAGUGAAAACUUCCGUCACAUUCCGGAAGUUGUUGAUAUGGCAGGUUGCGCUCUCCAACGUGCCUGUUGUCUUCGCUCCCUUCGCUACGUUCACAAUCUACGCAAUAAUAUCUGUUGUACGACACGAUGGGUCAAUUCUCUCUGCUCAGGCAUUCACAUCCCUCGCUUUGAUUUCUCUUCUCACAAAUCCCCUACUCAUAUUUUGCCAAGUCAUGCCCGCACUCUGGCAGGCUAUCGCUUGCUUUGACCGGAUUGAAGCAUAUUGUGCGAAAUGCACCUCUUCGUCCGCAAAAUACGAAGAUGAGACUCAGCCUGUCCCGUCAUCUGAAAAGUUCUGUCCAUUUUUGAUCUCAUUCCAAGAUGCAAACAUAGCAUGGUCCUCGGACAAAGAUCCCGUGCUUCGCCAUUUGAAUCUCAAUAUUCAUCAGGGCAUUACGAUGAUCGUCGGUCCUGUUGGAUGUGGGAAGUCAACUCUGGUUGAGAGCAUCCUCAGUCAGCACAUGGUUAAAGAUGGUUCCAGAACAGCCUCAUUCUCAAGAGCGGCCUAUUGUCCACAGAUCCCGUGGAUCACGAAUGAUACCAUCCGGACCAAUAUCAUCGGAUUCCUGGAAUUUGACCAAGCAUGGUAUAACUUCACAUGCGAGGCGUGUGGCCUGCAACAGGACCUCGGGGCUCUUGUGGAAGGUGACAUGCAUCUAGCUGGAAGUGGCGGCAUCUCACUUAGUGGAGGCCAAAAGCAACGAAUUGCGCUAGCCCGGGCAGUCUACUCUAGGCUUGACGUUGUGAUCCUGGACAAUGUGUUCAGCGGGCUCGACUCAACGAGUAUUGCUUUCAUCUCGAACCGGCUUUUAGGCAAAGACGGCCACUUUAAAAAAGCGGGGAUAUCGGUUAUUCUCGCUAUGAGUACAGAUGAAAUUGUGAUUAUGGACGAGAGAAAGAUCACAGCUUCGGGGUCAUACAGUGAGAUACAAUCUAGGAAACCAGGGAUUGUCUCAAUGGUUCAGAAGCCAGUGGCGAAUCCUCCCCUUGAGACGGUUGAGAAGUCAAACUUCCGCCUCACGGUUGUCGAAAACAAAGAUCACACCAGCAAUUCUGUGCAAACAGUCGACGAUAAAAAGGCCAUGCGUGUUAAAUGGAACGGAAAUUGGCCCGUGUACACAUACUACUUUCGAAGCGCAGGAUACGGAAUUUUGGUCUCCUUUGUGGCCUUCACUAUUAUUGAAGCGUUCUGCUCCAGCUUUCAAACAUUAUGGAUUCAAUGGUGGGUUGAGGCAAAUGAAGAGCAGCCUAACAAGCAGCUGGGGAUGUAUCUCGGUGUUUACGGAUUGAUAUUUGGGUUGGCAUUUCUGAGUCUCGUAACUGGCUGCUGGUUGCUUUUUGUUCCAGCCCUUAACAAUACUUCGCUGAAUUUGCAUUCCGAUCUUCUCAAAACAGCGCUUAGGGCAUCGAUUAGCUUCUACCAAAGUGUGGACAUUGGUUCAAUAACGAAUAGUCAAGAUUUGGAACUUAUUGAUAUGAUGCUACCGAUAUAUGCUGUGAACUGCGUGACUAAUGUCGUUUAUGUUUUUAUCAACAUUAUCAUCAUCUGUGCCAUUGGUAGAUACCUGGCAGCCUCGAUCCCACUCUUGGGUGUGGUUCUAUUCUUCAUUCAGUCAUAUUAUCUGCGCACAUCCCGACAGGUCCGAUUGCUAGACAUUGAGGCCAAAGCACCUCUCUACACCCACUUUCUCGAGACUAUCCACGGCAUAUCAAGUAUCCGAGCCUUCAAUUGGGGGCACCAGCUGCGAGAGAAAAGCCACUCCCUAUUGAACCGAUCGCAGCGACCGGUAUACAUGCUUUACAGUAUCCAGCAAUGGCUGAUUCUGGUUUUGGAUUUGACUGUUGGGGCAAUUGCAGUCAUUCUGAUCGCCAUGGUCACAUCCCUGAAAGAUUUAUUCAAUGCAGCAUCCAUUGGGGUUGCACUCAACAUUUUACUGACACUAAAUCAAACCUUGGCAAAUGCUCUCAAGAUGUGGACCAUGACUGAAACCUCUAUCGGGGCCGUCACGCGCGUCCAGCGCUUUAUAGAAGAUACCCCCUCGGAAGAACGCGGUGUGGCAUCUUCAAUUGCUCCUCAACUGCCGCAUGACUGGCCUUGCCAUGGUGAGGUAAAGUUCACAGACGUGACCGCUGGAUAUGACCAUUCAACUAUUCCGAUCCUUAAAAGUCUUACCAUGACCAUCAAGCCGGGGGAGAAAAUCGCCAUUUGCGGACCAUCCGGUAGUGGAAAAACAUCACUUAUUAUGGCGAUGCUCCAGAUGCUUGAUCUUCAGUCCGGACGGAUCGAAAUAGACGGCAGGAACCUCGCCGAGAUCCCGAGAAGCACAAUCCGCUCGCGCAUCAACGUUGUCCCCCAAGACCCAUUUUUUAUGCCAGGAACCCUCCGCUUCAAUCUCGAUCCUCGGCAGUGCGUGAUCGAUGCGGAACUGGUCCGUGCCAUUGAGAAGGUGGGCCUCUGGGAUCAAGUUCGCGCCAAACGGGGCUUGGACAUGGAGUUCUCUACUGAGGACUGGUCGGUCGGACAGAGGCAAUUGCUUGCCUUGUCUCGGGCCCUUGUGAAGAAAAGUUCUCUGUUGAUCUUGGAUGAGGCUACAAGCAGCGUCGAUUGGGAAACGGAGGCGAUCAUGCAGGACAUUAUUGAGAAGGAAUUCUCUCAGCAAACUAUCAUAUCGGUGGUACAUCGGCAUCGUUUUAUUCAUUGGUUCGACCGGGUGAUUUUGCUCAAGCAUGGGGAACUUGUGGAGUGCGAUAAAGCUGAAGUGUUGCUGCAGAGGGAUUCGGACUUAGCUUUCCAAGAGCCGUCUACUAGUAGAUGA